AUGCCUGAUCACCUCACAGAAGAGCAAAUCAGCGAGUUGUGGAUGGCGUUUUCAUUAUCCGAUAAAAAUGGUGACGGUCUCAUUACAAUGAAUGAACUCAAGUCGAUCAUGCAGUCCGUAGAUGAAUACAUGACAGAAGCCCAGUUUAAGGAUAUCGUGAGUGUGAUCGGUUCCGACGCCGAGGAUAUUUCCCUACAUUUUCUGCAAUUCCUGAUAAUUAUGACACGACAGCUGAACUACUCUGACAGUGGCGAGGAAAUAAAAGCCGCCUUCCGGUUGUUUGACAAAGACGGCAAUGGCUACAUUACUGCCAGCGAAAUCCGUCGCCUUUUGAGACGUUGUGACAACAACCUAGGCGAGGAAGAAGUGGAAGAAUUAAUUAGGGCUGCCGAUAUAAAUGGCGAUGGUCAAAUAGACUAUGAUGAAUUCUUGAAAAUUGUGUUGGCAAAAUAA